UAGUUUUUUUUUUUCGCGUUUGUGGCCAUUAUCAUCUUCUUCUUCUCGGCGAGACUCUCUCUCUCUCUCUCUGCUCUCUUUAGCACACAGAGGAAAGAGAGAUGGCGAAUUCUAUUUCAUCAAUAUCUCUGCCGCGAUGUUUUGUCUUCAACAAUGGUUGUCACAAAUCAAGGCCAUGGCCGAGCUCUAGCAGUCUCAACCUCAACAACUCAUCAAAUCCACAACUGUUCUCUCUAGCUUCUUCGCCGGCCUCCGUCGUAGAAACUGAUGGUGAAAACGACGACGGCGACCUCACUUUCAGUGGUUGCAGAGGGUGUGGGAAAGAGGAGAAAGAGAGUGGAUGUAACGGUGAUGGACGGAUUCAAGGUGGCAUUGCAACUGUUCCUGGAUUCGGUUGGUGGCCUAUUAAGGCUUACAGGCCUUGUCCCGCGUUUGUGGAGUCUGGAGGUAGAUACCGCCGCAUAGGACAGAGCAUGGACGAGGUUGCAUUUGGUCGUGGUGACUCUAAAUCCUCCACUUCCAUAGACAUCGCUGAUUCACCCCUGAGCAAUAAAAAGCCGAAAAGCUCUUCUACCAAGUGAUACACAUAUAGCUCAAUCUUGGAAUUUGUAACAGUACAUUCAUUGGGCCUAGAUAUAUUAUCGGCCCAUUUGUAAACCUAUGGCCCAGUAGUUAAGAACAACGUUAAGAAGAUUAUUA